AUGGAUAAUAAUGAUCACAAGGAAAAUCAAGAGAAACAAUAUAUAUGCAUUGAUCCUAAGUGCGAUUAAUCCAGCAGGUUUUUUAAAGCAAAAAAUGACAUUCACCCUCAUAAGUCUCAUGAUUAUCAAAUAUACUCGGAGUUCUAGAAACUGAUCCGUGCUUAAUUCCCCCAACAAGUCAGGGAAUAAAUUAAUUAAUAAUUUAAUAAGGAUGAACUCGUAAAGGCCAUACAAAGUAGAUCUGUCUAGAUGCAUGAGUCAGUUAAGAUCUUUGAAGAAAACUUAAUAAAGUAAAUUUACUCCUUGAAACAAAUAGAACCAUAGAGGCUUAUGAUGUUUUGGGAGCAGAUAAAGCCUCUAUCAAUCAGGCAUUAAGUCAAUUGAACGAAUCCAAUCCUCCACAAUAACUCAAUGUACAAGGUCUUUUACAUGUCUUAAAAAUCAACAAGUUGGGACCAUAAAAAGUGUUAGAAAAAUGGAAAAGGGAAAACGAAAUCAUCCUAAAAGAAUUGAAUACAUAAGCAGAAUCAGCAUUGAAAACAUUAAGCAAUGCUACUCUAUAAAGUUACAUGCAUAUCUAACAUUUGUAGAGUCCCUUAAUUUUAUAAAAGUACCAAUAGAAUAUGGUAUACUAGAAUGCAUUUUGCUUGGAGUCAUAAUUUCAAAGCCAGUUCUGUGACAAUUAGAGAGGAAGCUGCAUAUGAGAAAGGAAAUGCAAUGGGGUUGAUUUGUAUCCAGCAAUAACUUGAGAAAGAUCAAAUACAGAGUCUAACAAUUGAUGUGAAGGAAAGAGGAGGAGUAUUGUAUAUAUUAAAAAAUAGAACUUGUAUAUCGGAGUUAUGGAUAUAAACGAACGAAAACAAAAAGGAAGAAGAGCAUUUAGUUUUCAUGACUGGAAUGAAUCUGGCCAUGGUUUGUACUUGAUUUAUCAUGGAGGGUGUAAUGAAUAAAUAUUUAAAUUAGAUGUAUUUAGUUCAAAUGAUCCAUCCAUAAACACUAAAAAAGUUGGUUUUAAUUUUGAUUAAAAUGAUAAAUUAAUACUCACUUGGAAUGGUCCCGAACACAGUGUUACAAUCUUGAAGGUCGGUAGCAGUCAUGUAAAUUUUUAUGCAAUAUCCUACAGCAAUUCGCUUUCAAAGUAAAUCCAGACGGAUAAUAUCACUUUGCUGCUGGGCUAUUUAAAUGUGAAGUCAGAUUGCUUGAAUGAUAA